AUGAAAAAAUCCACCACAAAGUUGUUCAUGCACAUAUUAUGCGUGACUUUGUUCAUCUUAAUCAUGAUUUCCUUUGAAGCAUUUGUGUCUUCUUCUACUGCCCAAGAACCUCAGCCACCACCAAACCCAUGGCUGAGGCACGAGAAGGCGGCACCACCAUCUCCCGCCCAGCAAAAGGAGGAAAUAGAAGAUUAUGGUGACUGGAAUGCUCCACCUUACACAGGAGGAGGUGGAAGAAACACCGGUGGUCCAAUACCUCACCCAUAG